AUGGACUGGGCUGGCGACAUUCCCAUUUCCCUUCGCAAAGAACCUUUCCCAGUAAAGCUCAGCUACAUGAUUGACGAAGCAGAGCGCAAUGGCAAGGAGAGCAUAAUUUCGUGGCGCCCCCACGGUCGGGCGUUCUUCGUGAGCAACCCGAAAGCCUUCUCAGAUGUCGUACUUCCAAGGCAAGAUCAGGUGCCGUCGGUGAUUUGCAAAGGAAUGCAACAACUUCUCACCGAUUCUCUACCGGUAAGACGUGUUAAGAAUAUCAUCAAUCCCAACCUGUUGCUAGCAAGCCUUACUCACCAUUCAUCGGAAAUUUUUGCACCGGAAGGAUCAGACAAGGGAAGCUACUACCACGAAUUCUUUCUUCGUGGACAACCGAAGCUUGCCUACGCGAUUUCACGAAUGGCAAUCAAGGGAAAUGGAUCCCGGAAGCCAGUGUCACAGGAAUCGCAGCCCGAUUUCUACUUGCUUCCCGCAAUGACGUCAGAAAAGUCAGCACCCGUGGUUAGCAACGACCAACGGCACAAGCAUUUAGCUGCCACGGCCGCGGGCGCUCAGGAAAGCAAGUCUGGCGGCAUCUAUUCCGAAUACGAUAGUUCAGCGACUGUUGCACAAGACAAAUCAAGUCAAAGAGAAGAGAUCCGAAGUGGGGCCGGCACAAGUAUUUGCAACGGGGCUCGUCAGCAUCCUUUGGUUGUUCCGAGAGAUGGACAGAGCACAUGGCCUGCGAGUCAUCAUAUGCAGGCAGCAUCACAUGCAUUGCCAAACAAAGAAAUGCAAGCCUUGUAUGCUCCUAUUGUACCACAACGUGAUACUCGAGCACAACUCGAUCCGGAUCACGACGUACGCAAAGGCAGCAUCAUGUCAAAUUUUGCUGUUGAUAGCGAUCAUCUUCGCCGAGAAGACAUGGUAGACCUUCGCAAUACAAUCGUAGAUCGCUUCGCUUUUUAUCAGAAUGUGGCUGGGCUGGAUGCGAACACUCAUUCAAUGGCAAGCAUCCCUUUCACUCUGCCACUCGAUCCCUCUGUGACUGUCAAUUCGUUUGGCCGGUACGAACCCGAGUCCGUUUCAAGGCAAAGGCUCGAAAUAGCCGUUGCCGUCCAGAUUCUACAGAAUCAGUUUGGCCAAGCCGUGAACGGCUAUGGUCCGGCACGGGAUGCACAAACCUUGGAUGAUUGUCUGGGACUCAAUCGCGGUUUUAUCCCACCCAUUGCUAGUCUGCCUGGAAAUUCUUCGUCUCAAGCCUUCCUGCUUCAAUCUUUGUUGGCAGAGUCUCAACCGUUUCGGAACGGCGAUUCCGACGCUUCUGGUAGUGCGGGUGCAGUGCGGUUCUGGUGAAUAGUAGGGCCCGUUCUUUUGAAUCUUUUUUUUCGUCCAAUUUACACUUUAUCCAAGAAAGUGACUGUGAGUAUCUAUUUUGGCAAAUUUUGCUUGUUAGCCCACCUAAAAUAAUAGAAUCUUUUUUGUUGCACAUCGUGGCCUUCGAGAUUCCGUUCUUCGUUCACCGGUAAUCCCGUACGCAGUAGCAUUCAAUGUCAGCGAGCUAGAUCGAUGCUGGUGAACUAACAGUAAUGGAUAUGUCCUCCUUGCCUCGAG